UGUAAUCUCUCCCCAACUACCAACUGACCAAGUAACCAGUAACCACCCUCUAAAGUCUAAACGCACUUGGUUUAACCCCACAGUUAAUUUGUUUAAAAGAGAGAUUCAUCUAUUUGUUUCUCUCUCUCUCUCUCUAAUAACUCGAAGUAACGGCAUAUUCUCUCCCAAUUUUUCGCGCAGAGCAUAUUUUGAUAGACUAAGUCCCAUCUUUCUUGCAUUCUCCGAAUUUCCAAGAUCCGAAGAGAUUGUCUUAUCCUCGGAGAUUCCGCGCACGUGCUCUGCUGAUUCUGUUCUCGCUUCCUAAGGAUAAUAACAAAAAGGUUUAAGAGAACACGCGAAAAAAGAAGAACAAGAAAUGGUUGUUAAUAUGAUGAGGAGGUGGCGGCCCAGGAAAUACGAGGUGAGGCUUGUUGUGAAGAGCCUCCAGGGCUGCGAUCUGCUGCGGGACUCUGUACAGAAAGAUUCCAGAUUGACGGUUGAGAUUAAGUGGAAGGGUCCCAAGUUGACUCUUGGCUCUUUGCGACGGACUCCGGUCGCCAGAAACUUCACUAAGGAAGCAGACAUCGAGGUUGACGGUGACGGCGCCGUCGUUCACUGGGACGAGGAGUUUCACAGCGUUUGCAAUUUCAACGCUUACAAGGACAAUGUAUUUCACACGUGGGAGAUCGCUUUCACUCUCUUCAAUGGAUUGAAUCAAAGGCCAAAGAGCAAGGUUCCUGUUGUUGGAACGGCGUUAUUGAAUAUUGCUGAAUUUGCAUCUUCAAUUAAUCAAAAGGAUUUUGAUUUAGACAUUCCACUCACACUACCUGGGACUUCUUUGAAGACUUCUCCUUCACUUUGUAUAUCAAUUAGCUUGGUUGAGCUAAGAGCUGCUCAAGAAAGCAUGGAGCUAGUUCAGAGAUCCAUAAUGCCCGUGUCAUCAUCCCCACCCCAGUCAGGAGAAACUACCUUGACAGAAAAAGAAGAGCUUUCUGCAAUCAAAGCUGGUCUUAUGAAAGUAAAGAUUUUGACAAGGUAUGUAUCCUUAAGGAAAGCAAAAAAGGCAUGCCGAAAGGGAGAGGAAAGUGAGGGUAAGUCCUCUAGGAGUGAGGAUGGUGAAUACAAUUACCCUUUGGACUCCGACUCACUUGAUGAUUUUGAGGAAGGAGAUUCAGAAGAGGGAAAGGAGAAUUCCAGUUUUAUGAAGUCAUUCAGUUAUGGAAAACUGGCAGGAUCUUUUUAUUCCAACACAAGGGUGAACUGUGAUGAUGAAGACUGGAUUUACUACAGUCAUCGCAAGCCAGAUGUUGGGUGUUCACUGAUGGAGGAUUCAACUGUGUCUUCCUCUGAGCCUUAUUUAUUACAAAGUUCAAAGCGCAGCAUACUACCAUGGAGGAAGAGGAAGUUGAGUUUCAGAUCUCCUAAAGCUAAUAAGGGAGAGCCAUUGUUAAAGAAGGCCUAUGCUGAAGAAGGCGGUGACGACAUAGAUUUUGAUCGCCGGCAACUUAGCUCUGAUGAAUCACUUUCUCUAAGGUUGUACAAAACCGAGGAUGAUUCAUCUGCAAAUCGAACAUCAGUUUCUGAAUUUGGGGAUGACUAUUUUGCCGUAGGGAGUUGGGAGCAUAAAGAAUUCAUGAGCCGUGAUGGUCACAUGAAGCUUCAGACACAGGUCUUCUUUGCCUCAAUUGAUCAACGCAGUGAACGUGCAGCAGGUGAGAGUGCAUGCACAGCUCUCGUUGCUGUAAUUGCAGAUUGGUUCCAAAACUAUCAUGAUUUUAUGCCCAUAAAGUCCCAGUUUGAUAGUCUGAUUCGGGAGGGUUCCUCAGAAUGGAGGAACCUAUGUGAUAAUGAAACCUAUAGAGAGCGGUUCCCAGACAAGCAUUUUGAUCUGGAAACAGUUAUUCAAGCAAGAAUACGUCCACUUUCCGUGGUUCCUGGGAAGUCCUUUAUUGGUUUUUUUCAUCCAGAAGGGAUGGAUGAAGGGAGAUUUGAUUUUCUGCAUGGUGCCAUGUCUUUUGAUAACAUUUGGGAUGAGAUUAGUCGUGCUGGACAUGAAUGCCCUAGCAAUGGUGAACCCCAAGUUUAUAUUGUUAGUUGGAAUGACCAUUUUUUCAUCCUUAAAGUUGAAUCUGAAUGUUACUACAUCAUUGACACUUUGGGGGAGAGGCUUUAUGAAGGAUGCAAUCAAGCAUAUAUCUUGAAAUUUGACAGCAAAACCGUAAUAUACAAAAUGCAAGAUGUUCAGUCAUCAGAUGAUAAAGCAACCAGUGACCAUCAAACUGUUGCAGAAGUAUUAGAGCAUAAUAACAGGCAGACCCAAGAAGUCAAUGGUAAGGAGGUCGAUUCUGUUGCAAAGCCAGAAGAACAUUUGAAGAGUGAAGAGGAAGAGGAGGUUGUGUGCAGAGGGAAGGAAGCUUGCAAAGAGUACAUUAAAAGUUUCUUGGCCGCAAUCCCUAUCAGAGAAUUGCAAACAGAUGCCAAGAAAGGUCUCAUAUCUUCAACACUGCUUCAUCAUAGACUACAAAUUGAGUUUCACUACACCCAACUGUUACAGUCUUAUUUGGAAGCUUCAGUGGUCGAAACAUCCAUGGCUGCACCAGAGACCCUUGCUCUGGCAGUAUCUGAGGCUUCUAUCUAAUCGUACUGCAAAUUGAGGAAAGUGGGGUUACUAACUAGUCUUCCCAUUUUUAACAUUGGUGUUUUAAUGAUUUUAAAGUGAAUUUAACAAAUGAAGGAUCGUUUAAGUAACGAGUGAGCUGAGCUUGUAAAUGUGUGUAGUUUGGCAUGGCUCUUACCUUCUUUUACCUAUAAUCUUUCUUGGGAAGGGUAUCCUGUAAAUGGCUCUGU